ACCUUACAGGAUGAUGAUCGUAAACCCUUCGGUCGCCCUUCUGUUUCAGGAAUACUCCUUUCCUUUGACCGACGACUAAGGUCAAGUUACAGGGAGGUGGGAGUCGGUACAUGAUAGUAGAGUGGGGUACUUCCACUGGGAAGGGUUGAUGGUACAGCGUGCCACUAUUGGAAAGCGUCGCUUCGCGUCCAGACCAGGCUUGGUCUUUGAAAAAGAAAGAGCGCGCGCUAUCAGGGGAAUAAGAAUGGAUAUAGGAGAGUUUGUAAGGCAGAAGGAGAGAGGGCGCAGUACAGCUGGGUCGAACACGACGUGGUAGGGGAAGUCGUUGUCCUCGGAGUCUUCGUUCGCACGAGUUCCCGUCAGUGCAACGCGGAACGCGUUCCUGUACGUAUUGUUGAGUGGGGACGACAACACGCAAUCGUGCGACACACGUGUGAUACCGUGGGCAGUUAGUGCAGUGUGACAGGAUGCGGUACAAUGACCGUAAAUGAGUAAUCGACGGUGCUGGCAGAACCGGUCGGAAGGACGAGGAUCGCGGCGGAAAGGACGCCUGUGGCAGGACUCGAGCCGUUGUGCAUAGGGACAGGAUCGAUCGAGAGGGCGGAGAGGAGGUGCCGAUCGUAGGAGUCGAGGGGGAAAAGGUUGAAAGCGUGGGAGGAGGGUCGAAAGGUUGAGCGAUCCGCGGAGGAGGAAGAAGAGAAAGAGGACGUGGCGGAAGCACGUUCGCUGGCGGUGGAAGAGGAAGAGGAAGAGGAAGAGGAGGAGGAGGAGGAGGGAGAGGGAGAGAAAGAAGAUCGAAAAAGGGAAGGAGACGGUGGUCGAGGGAGGAAGAGAGAUGAGCCUGGUGGGUGACUGGCAAAGUGCGGUGGUCGGCUGCUCGACGAAAGGCAGAUAGCGCCAUUAGUUAUUGCUGGGCCGGAGAACGUCGUCGAGCCGAUGCGCGCUACGGCCCUGGCCGUUGACGAAGAAGGGGAAGAGGAGGAGGGGGAGGAGGAGGAGGAGGAGGAGGCGGCGGAGGGAGGAGAGGGAGGAGAGGAGGAGAGGAAGGGGGCCCAAAGGGCCGCGAUGCAUCGCUUCGGACCUAGGCAACGUUAUCCCCGAAUCGGAGAAUCCCUGACUUUCCUUCUGUCGCUCGGUUGCCUUCUGAUCGUCGCCGUUGCCUCGCCUCUUCAUCCCGCGCCACCGCACAGAGGUAUCACGCACGGUUCUUACAUCGGUUAUUACGAGGUGGCCUCCUAUGAUACCGCGGCCUUGAGACAACAUCGUAACCGGAUGCGCCGCGAUGUCUCCAACGAUGUGGUCGACAAUCAGCCUUUGCUGCUGCAGUUGAAAGCGCUCGACAAACAAUGGACAUUACGGUUGGUUCGAGACAGGAGCCUGUUCAGCCAGGACGCGACGUUCGAGAACACGAACGGCCCCAUCGACUUCGACGCGUCGCACUCUUACGUGGGCACAGUGUUGGAGGACGACAACGCCGUGGUGCAGGGGAUGGUGACAGGGGACGGCCUGUUCGACGGGAGCGUGGUCACCGGAUUCGAGGAGUACUACAUCGAGCCGACCAACAGAUACUUGGCCCGGGAGGAGGACACGUCUCCGCCUUAUCACAGCAUCGCCUACAGAGCGUCGGACGUAUUAACGCCUCGUAGAUCGUUGCCUUGCGCCAGUCAUCGAUUGCGUCAACACGCUUCUCACGAUUCCAUGGAAAUAGGAAGAAACGAGUCUCGAUCGCUGUACGAGCCACUUCUCGGCGAGACUGCUCGGGCGCUCUACUACUCGAGGGAAAACGGCGCGCGGAUUUCAACCUCGGAGAUAAGGGAUAAGAGGACGGAGACGACGGGGGACGGAGAUCGUAUCGCGAGACACUUGCACAAACGUGCGACGGUGGACCCGAGGAAAACUACGUGCAUGCUCUACCUGCAAGCGGAUCACCAGUUUUUCGCGAGAUAUGGCACGGAGGAGGCUUGCAUCGAGGUGAUGACGAGGCACGUGCAGAGGGUCAACUCCAUUUACAAACAUACAGACUUCAACCAAGACGGCAGGCCCGACAACAUCAGCUUCAUGAUAAAACGUGUGAAAGUUCACAGCGAGGACGCGUUGAGAGAUCCGAAUUAUCGAUUCCCGGGCAACUACGGCGUGGAAAAGUAUCUGGAGCUGUUCUCUGAAGAGGAUUACGACGCGUUCUGCCUGGCCUACAUGUUCACGUAUCGGGACUUCGAGAUGGGCACGCUGGGCCUCGCUUGGACGGGCGACUUGAAAAACGCCGGCGGAGUUUGCGAGAAGAACGGGCACUAUCGUGGCAGCAUGAAGUCGCUCAACACCGGAAUAGUGACUUUACUGAAUUACGGGAAGCACGUACCGCCCGCCGUUUCUCACGUCACUUUGGCGCACGAGAUCGGCCAUAACUUCGGUUCACCGCACGAUCCGGAACAAUGCACGCCGGGCGGGGAGGAUGGAAACUUCAUUAUGUUCGCCCGUGCAACCAGCGGCGACAAGCGGAACAAUAAUCGUUUCAGCCCGUGCAGCUUGAGCGCCAUAAACCCAGUUUUGAAUAGCAAAGCUCGCUCCCCGAAGGGUUGCUUCACCGAACCGCAAGUGUCACUGUGCGGAAACGGUGUGAUCGAGGAAGGUGAAGAGUGCGACUGCGGCUGGGAGGAAGAUUGCAGGGACUCGUGCUGUUUCCCUCAACGUCGUUACCCACCUCCGGGUGAAACGCCCUGCACGCUUACGCCAGGCUCCAUUUGCAGCCCUAGUCAAGGUCCGUGUUGCACCGCCGAGUGCAAUUUAAGAUUCGGAGACAAGUGCAGAGACGAUAACGGGUGCCGCGACGCGAGCUUUUGCGACGGUCGAUCAGCUUACUGCCCUCCCUCCAUCAACAAACCCAACAAGACGAUCUGCAAUCGGGAAUUCGUGUGCUUUAUGGGGGAGUGUACCGGUAGUAUAUGCCUUGCAUACGGAUUGGAAUCUUGCCAGUGCAUUCCCGGGCCAAAUGAUCCCCCGACGAAGGCCUGCGAGCUCUGUUGUCGUCUUCCCGGAGAGAACCAGCCCUGCCUGUCGUCUUUCGAUUGGAACUCUCCGCCCUACGAUAUACCCGACAUGUUCUCGAAGCCAGGAACACCGUGCAACGAUUACAAUGGAUAUUGCGAUGUCUUCCAAAAAUGUCGAGAGGUGGAUCCAAGUGGUCCUCUAGCGACAUUGAGAAAACUUCUCUUAUCCGACGAAAGUCUGGCCACUUUCCGCCGUUGGAUAAUCGACCAUUGGUACGCAGCCGCUUUGAUCAUUCUCGCUGCGAUAUCCCUACUGGUGGCGAGCAUGAGAUUGCUGGGCAAACGGCCGGAUCUGAAGCUCAAGUCGGUCACGAUAAUACACAGCUCAACGACGGAGACUGUGCGCCUUCCGCCGGAGGGGACGGAGGGUGUCACGGUGCACCCGCCUGCGGUGCGCGCCAAGCUUCCGCUCAGCAGAAAGGUGAGGGAGAAGAGGAGGCAUCGAAAGCAUAAGGAGCCGAGUCACGGGGCAGAGAAAUCGGGAUGCAAGGACAUGUCGAAGAAGAAGAAGAAGAAGCAGCAGCAGCAGCAGCAGUCGCAAGCUCAGGCGUCUAAGAGGAUCGUCUCGGCGAACGCGGGCGAGGAUUUGGUUAGGAAGAGGUCGGCGGACGCUGCCACGGGGAUGGUUCAAGAGAGCAAACGGAAGAAGACGUUCCCAGCCGGGAGCCGGGCGGACAAGCAGAGCUCGAGCGCCGUGGUGAUUGGCAACUCGGACAAGGACGACAAGAGGAAACGGAAGAAGCAGCACAAGUCGAAAGAAGUGAUCGAUUAUUCGGCGAUACAGGCGGAGAAGGAGACGGAGCCGAACGCCGACCCUAAAAGCAAAGUUCGUUCCUGGCUGUUGGCCUCCUCCCAGUGUCGGCCGGAGACCGGCAGAGGGAACGGAGCAGCUUGCCUGCCCAAGAGCAAGUCCACCCCCGUCGGUUUGACGGGUGCUGGGGGCAGAUUGGGGCCCGCAGGGGCAACGAGGCAAGCCGGUUCGAGGAGAAAUCCGAUCGAGUCGAAGGAGGCGAGCAAGGCGAAUUCGGGGGGGAAUUCGCAGGGGGCGAGGAAGGAGAGGGCGAAGCUGCAAGUGGUGUACAAGCCGCCGUUCAGGUUCAGCGUGAAACUUCGAAAGACGGACAAGGUGGCGCAGGUGGUGACUGGUCCGAAUGCGACGCACGCGAAUGGCAGGCCGAAGCUUCCCAGGACUGGCGUCCUUCUGAGGACGGGGAAGAAGAAGGACAGGGUCAGGAUCGGGAGGGCGAGGCAGAUAGCCCCCACGGGGAUCGGGAACAGCGCGGCUGAUCUACCCGAGCCGGCCAAUUCUGACCUCCAUACCGUCCCGUCCGAUCUCGAAGUCUUGCUGUCCGAGAGCGAGUUCCUCUUCUCGGACACGUGACCACGGUGAAUAAGAAUUGCGUGUCUGGAUCCGUGCGUGUUUUAGAGGAAAAUCUUUUUAAAAAGUAUCUGUAUCGACGAGAAACAGAGAGAGAGAGGGAGAAAAGUCGAUGCAUCGAAGAAUCCCGUCCGCCUAUGUUGCGAAGGAUACACGUUGAAAACGUUUUACAUGCCAUCCCAACGGUUCAACCUCGGUUUCAUCGACGGUGAAUAUAAAACUUUAUUCCGCUCGAGUCGUUCGUUCGUAGAAAAUCAAAAAAAGAAAAAAAAGAAAAGUAUUCACGGUCGAUGAAAUCGUGUGUCCGAGAACCUAAUCGUUUUAUCGUAUUAAUCUAAUGGCUGCUGGGCGUGUUUUCAUAAACGUUGACGCAACCCCCCUCCCAAAUGAGCUUCUUCCGUUCUACUGUGCUGGAAUUUAUUUUUUUAUAAGUAUAUAUAUUACGAGGAGCACGCAUACACGUACAGCGUACGCUUUCGCUCUUUUUCACGUCUUCCUAGGGAUAAAAAAAAAAACGACGACGAGUAUAUGUCGUAUGCGUUCGGGAUAAUUCACCCCCGUGAAUUAUUAUAUCCGAUUCGCGUUACGAUUUAUAUAUAUAUAUAUAUAUGUAAUCGAUCACUUACGAAACGAUCCGCGUUCUAUGGAAGUGCUAGUUGAACGAUCCAAGCCAAGUUUUCUUCUUCCAAAGAAAAGGGGCCAAAUUCACUUUAAAAAAAAGAAAAAAAAAACACAAAAAAAAAAAAAAAGGAAGGAAGGAAAGGAAGGAAGGGAAAGGAAAGAGUCUCUGAUUACGCGUGCACGUGCUUGGAGGCGUACGCGUAAAUGACACAAGAAAUAAAGUUGAUAGACCUAUUUUUCGCCUGUCGCAAAUGCGCAAGAAGAAAUUUGUUUCUUUCUCCGGGACAACGCGGGAGAUUACGAGGUUCGCUUGCAAUCGCAGCUUUCGUCACAAUUCAAGGCAACAACGUUCGAUGUUGAAAAAGCGAUGUUCUAGCGUAAUGCGUCCAAGACGAAUAAUAAGGGAGUGUAAGAGAGAAAGAGAGAUGCGAGAGAAUGGGAGAAUGAGAUGAGAGAGAGAGAGAUAUACACUUAAAACUGUUACUAUAUCGUGCCUAUCGUACACCGCUGUUCGAAACUUGGGAAAGAAAUCUCGCGAUUGAAAAGAGAAAUUUUCUUUUUUUUUUUUUUUUUUCGAUUUUUCUUAAUUAUUACAAUCGUCGCGGGGGGGAAAAAAAAGAGAAGAAAUCAGCAAACGCGCAAUCCUUAAGGGAUUGGUGAUAUAGCGAUGAAUCGAUGUUCUCUCCGGAAACAAGCAACAAUGUAAUUGAAAAUCGCGGUUUGAUAGUCGAAGCUAGUCCACUCCUUUCGAAUUUCUUUUCAGAAGAUUCAAACUUUUCGAAGAAGUGUCGUCGAACAUUUUAGCAAGCCCCGCACUUGCUAGUUGCAAUCUAACUCUAACUAUUCUCAUGGUUCCUAUUCACCGGCAAUUCCUAACCGCGGUGUAAAAUUUGCCGGUAAUUAUUUGCAUUUUUCCAAGUGGAUGAGUGAUGGCGAAACUCGUUGAGCUAUUUAUAUUUUUGAGACUGUAAAAAGAGAUGACAGAUCUGGUGGUGAUGGCUCUCGUCGCUAUAUUCCCAUGAGUUUCAUUCGCUUCCCAGAGAUUUAUCCACACACACACAUACACACACACAUAUACUGGGAAAACGAUCGAAUCUUAAGUCGUACUGAGAUGAUUUUUUUAUUAAUCUGCGGUGCUAUUAGUCAAUAUGCUUAAAGAUUCUCUGUCGAAAAUAUUCUCUGCCCUUCGAACAUUCCCGAUUCAAAUCUCUUUUUUUUUUUUUUUAUCGAUAUAAAUCUUGAUCGAACAUACUUUUUAAGUUCCUCUCGUUGAAUAUACAUACAUAUAUAUACAUAUCGUUUGUUAAUGUUACUUGUUACAAUUACUUGCUUCGAAUCAUUCCAUUUCCAUCGCGUAGAAAAGACACUUUGUUCGAAAUAAUUUUUUCGCUUCCUUGUGUGAUGCUUUUGUGUUGUUAUCCAAAAGAAUCCUAUUGUAAUAUCGCGUAAGCGUUCUAAAAAAGAAAAACAUAUUUAUAUUAUUGAUUCGUGUUUUCUUGAUGAAAGAAUUUCUCGAAAGGCGAAAUUAAUUAGAAACGACUCGCGAGAAUUUUGAAAAACUAGAGGAAAUUUUUAAGUCUCGUCAGCGAAGAGCAAUAAAUUGUGAAAAAAUUUGCGACCAGAUUUGUUCCCCGUUGACGAGACGUUGAGGGAUGGAAGUGGGCAAAUCUAUUUUUCAACGUUUGUUAAUUUAAAUACACUGCGAUAAUUACUGCCAUAACGUACCACCUUAAAAAAGGGAAUUAUACAUUAAAAAUAUACAUCUUGUUACAACGUGAAAGAACCAUCGAGGCACGCUUUCGUUUGCCCACUUCUUCUUCGAAUUUAAAACCAGUAGGCUAUUUUGCUGCGAGUUAAGCGAAGAAAAAAAAAUCCGCUUGUGUGUAUACAUACGUGUGUACGUGUACUUAAAUCUUAAGAAUAUGUGAUUUUACUUUUUUACCUUUAAUUUAUAUAUAUAUAUACACGAACAUUUUAUCACGCGUGAUCGCGAAUUGUGAUCAAGUCUCUUCGACGAGAGAGAUCCGAUCGUACGAUUCGCAUAAUAUUUAAUUGACCCAUUAUGGCCUAAUUACUAUAACGUAAAGAACGAUGAUUAGUUGGUCAGAGGCGUCGAUAAUAUUAUUUAUCGAUCGAAAUAUACCCGUCUAUACCGGUAUACUUUCCUUGCUGGCUAAAAUUGUUCAAAUUAUACUUCCCUCGUUUCGUUUCUCUUCGGAAGGAAAGAAGAAAGAAAAUUAGAAAAGGGCGCGUAGAAGUUGCGUUAGCUGAACGGAAAAUAAAAAAAUAGUGAGUCAAUGUAGGCAAAUAGAUUAUCUAAGGAAAUGUGAUUUUACUUUUAAGACCGAUCUGUGUUAAAUUCGUGUGAAACUUCACCGGUUCUGAGCCAAUGGCCGUGAUCCUUUCGUUAUCGCUUGAAAUUUUCGGAAUUUAAGGGGAAAAAAAUUGUAGGUCAGAACCGUUCAUCAAGAUACGCGUGCGAUUCGAAGUGCGCGAAGGAAAUAAGGUUUAGAAUAAGCUUAAGCAAUGAAAAUAAUAAGUAUAAAUCCAACUUGAAAUGUUCACAUAGAUCAUUAAGAUUCUUCAUCUUGAUUGAAGACAUCGUCAUCCGGGAAAAUAAUUUCUCUACGAUCUCAGGAAUGUGAUUUAUAAAAAUUCAUUUCCGAAAUAUUAUUGAUUUUCAAGUGUUUUUAAUGUUUUAACGAUAGAUAUUAAUUUACUUAUCGCAUAGUUAAAAGAGAACCGAUCGAACGAUCAAAUUAGGUUAUAAGCGACCGUGGCGACUACUAGCCAGUCACCGAGAAAACUAACGUUCGUACUUAUAGUCAUUUCUAACAUCUCGAGUGUUACUUAUUUUUGCUACUUCAACCCCUCCUUCCACUAUAUACGAAAAUUCUUUAACGUAUAACGUAAUGGGAGAAAAUAGAAAGGAAAGAAGAUGAAAUUGCAAGUUUUUACUAUGAAUGGAAGGGGUAUAAGGUAAGAAAAGGAUCGCUCGAGAAUUGCCUCGAUUGCCAAGAAAAAUCCGAUCGGCAGAACGAAACUCGGUUAAUUGUUCCCGUCCGAUUUUUCGACUACUGGACGCGGCCGAGGCGAGACUGUGUAAUUUAUCACGUAAUUAAUAACCAAUAUAAGAUGGGGCUGCUGUAUUUUUACACGGACUUUGUAUAAAUGACGAGAACCGCGAGAGCAAUGUUUUUCGCGCAUCAUUGUAUAUAUCUGUAUACCAAUAAAUAGACGUAGGAAAUUAAAAAAUUUAACUUUA